CGCCGAGCUGAGAGGAAAUGGCCGCGCGGCCCGGGCCUUCGUGUGUGGAGCCCGCGGGCGCCGCGGACCGCGCCGAGAAGGCUGCAGGGCAGGACAAGUCGCAGAAAGUCGACGACCUGAUGGACGUGGUGGCCAGGCUGCAGAAAGCUCCUGUGUCCCGUGUGGGGAGCCUGGAGCCCAGAGUCGAGGUCCUGAUUAACCGCAUUAAUGAGGUUCAGCAAGCCAAAAAGAAAGCCAGUGAGGAGCUGGGGGAAGCCUGGACUGUGUGGGAAGCCCUGCAGAAGGAACUGGAUGCGUUGCAUGGAGAGAGAGCACGUGUGCAGGAGAUCCUGAACAAAAAGCAAGAGACCCUGAGGAUCCUCCGGCUGCACUGCCAGGAGAAGGAGAGUGAGGCACAGAGGAAGCACACCCUGUUGCAGGAGUACAAGGAGAGAAUUUUCGUCCUGACCUCCCGGAUUGAGGAGGAGAAGAACAAACAGAGGCAGCUGAGGUUGAAUUUCGAGGAACAGUUGGAGGAGCUGAUGGGCCAGCACAAGGAGCUGUGGGAAUUCCACAGGCCGGAGCGACUGGCAAGGGAGCUCUGCACCCUGGACAGCAGCAAGGAGCAGCUCCUCGAGGAAGAGAAGCUGGUCGGGGUGAAGCUGCAGGACGUGAAACGGCGGCUGUGCUCCCUGUGUGGCGCCCAGGGGCCCGCCGCUGUCCCCGAGGGACUCUUUCUCCGCAGCCAGGAGGCUGCAACAGCCGUGCAGCUGUUCCAGGAAGAGAACAGCAAGGCCGAGGAGCUCCUGGAGGCCAGUGCCCAGCAUCAGCAGCAGCUGCAGCUGAAGUGCCAGCAGCUUCAGCAGAGGCGGCAGAGGCUGAAGGAGGAGCUGGAAAGGCGUGGAGUGCAAGUCCCUGCCGAGACCCAGAGCGUGCAGGCGCAGGGGGCUGCUCCAGGAGAGGGGGCCAUUCCCAAACCUGGAGAAGUCCGUGAGGAGACCGACCUGGCGCCGUCCGUGGAGCAGGGCCUGGUGCCCGCCUAGACCAGGAAGACACAGCACACCCCACCUCUGAACCUGUCCCGGGGGCGACGGGAAAUA